CAUGCCGGAUCCAAUUUCUAGCUACCACUCCCUCAUCAAUAUAAUACCAUGACUGAAAAUCAACCGGCUGACGAUGAAGAAAAAUACCUUGGUAAUGAGUGCAAGGAACUCCUCCUUUCUCUCCCCAAAAAAAGAGGCUGGAGAACCCUCCACCUAUAUCAAUUCCAAGGCUUUUGGUGGGAAACACAAGCAAUCGAAGCCGUAAUCUCUUUCCAAAAGCACUUCCAAGCUAGGGACUCCGACAUAGUUGUGGCCACCCUACCCAAAUCCGGAACAACAUGGUUGAAAGCCUUGACUUUUGCUGUUGUGAAUCGACACCGUUUUGCAAUAAAGACCCAUCCCUUGCUCACUUCCAACCCUCAUGAUCUUGUGCCAUACUUUGAGUUACAUCUCUAUGCAAACAACCAGCUGGUUCCUGAUCUCUCCAAGUUUCCUGAGCCAAGACUCUUUGGGACUCAUAUUCCUUUUCCUUCUUUGGGUACAAUUACAGAGUCCAACUGUAAGAUCGUUUAUGUUUGCAGAAACCCAUUUGACACAUUUAUUUCUGCUUGGCAUUUCGCUAACAAAAUCAAGCCACAACAUCAAGCUCCACUGUCGCUUGAUGAGGCCUUUGAUAUGUAUUGCCAAGGCAUGAGUCCGUAUGGUCCAUUUUGGGAUCAUGUGUUGGAGUACUGGAAAGAGAGCUUGAAAAGACCUCAGAAUGUGUUAUUCUUCAAGUACGAGGACAUGAAGGAAGAUGUUGUGUUGCACUUGAAAAGAUUGGCCGAGUUUUUAGACUACCCUUUCACUAUGGAGGAGGAGAGAAAUGGUGUGAUUGAAGAUAUAGCAAAGCUCUGUUCUUUUGAGUCCUUGAAGGCUUUGGAGGUCAACAAAACUGGCAUGAUUCGCAUGUCGAAGUUUGAGAAUAAGGUCUUUUUCAGAAAAGCUGAGGUGGGAGAUUGGGUUAACUAUUUGACCCCUAAGAUGGAGGAGAGAAUGUCCAAAGUCAUAGAAGAAAAAUUGGGUGGUUCAGGCUUGACAUUCAAAGUGAUUCCAGAUGUAGCAAAUCCUGUCCAGCAGAAUUAGUUAGGGGUCCCGUUAAUGGAGCUCUCUGGUUUAUUUCACCGUUGAUGAUGGUAUGUGUCUGCUUUUGUGUCUACUUUCCUAGCCUGCAAAGGGCUAAGCAUUUCAAUAAAUAAAUGUAAGGUUUCCAUCUUGUAAGUUUUUAUCUUUCAAUAAAAUAAAUUAAAUAUUUCCUUCCAAA